GCAGUUGUUUACGAAACUUGGAUGCAUUCGCAACAGAUCCGCAUCGCAGUUUGGCAUAAAACAUAUUUAUAGUCUUUGCCCAUUGGAAGGUCGGUCGGUUGAUCGGUUGGUCGGUUUGGGGGAGCAUGAUGAACGUUGAUCUGCAGCAAGAGCGGGCGUCGGCCACAAUUGAUAGCGAGGACUUUGCCCAAUGGUGGGCAGGCGGCAAAACGAAUCUGGAGCAACGUCGUUCAUUGGAAAGUCAAUUUUUCAAUGAUCCACAAUUCGAUGAUGUUAUCCCAGCCAGUUGUCUGUCCUAUAAGGAACGCUAUGAGCACUCGGUGGCCAGGGGUACACAAUUUCUACAUAAAUUGAGGCAAUGGUUUAGCGAAAAGCAGGGCAAAAAUAAUGUCUGCGAUUUGAAUACGUUGCAAGAGUUUCGUUUCCUUUUGUCGGGUCCAUUGGGCACGGGUUUGUUCCAGCAAAGUUUCCCCCUGCGUCUGCAUUUCUCCAUGUUUGUGUCCACCUUGCUGAAUCAGGGCACUGAGGAGCAGCAACGGAAAUGGCUAAGCCGAGCCUGGCAUAUGGAUGGCAUAAUUGGCACCUAUGCCCAAACGGAACUGGGUCAUGGCAGCUAUAUACGUGGCCUAGAGACGCGUGCCGACUACGAUGCCGAGCAUGAGGAAUUCAUCCUGAAUACACCAAAUCUUACGGCAUACAAAUGGUGGCCCGGUGGACUGGGCCAAACGGCCAAUAUGGUCGUAGUCUUGGGCCAACUCUAUGUGGGCGAGAAACAUUGUGGCCUACAAUCGUUUCUGGUGCGCAUACGAGAUGAGCAGACACAUGAGCCCAUCUUGGGCGUGGAUGUGGGUGACAUUGGACCCAAAUUGGGGGCAAAUUGUGUAAAUAAUGGUUAUUUGGGUUUCCAAAAUGUACGCAUUCCACGCGAUCAAAUGCUUAUGAAGAAUGCCCAGGUCACCAGCGAUGGCAAGUUUAUUCAAUCCGGUCAACCAUUGCUACUCUAUGGCACAAUGGUAUUCGUAAGGGUCAUAACGGUGCGGGAUGUGAUGUUUGAAUUGCUGCAGGCGGGCACCAUAGCAACUAGAUAUUCCGCAGUGCGACGCCAAAGCCCCAUUGAGCCAGGGAAACCGGAACCACAGAUCCUUGAUCAUCUUACCCAGCAGGCGAAAAUCUUUCCUCAGUUGGCACGUGGUGUUAGCUAUCGUCUAGUUGCGGAUUGGCUCUGGCAAUUCUAUCAAAAUGUCAUGCAAACACUAGAAAAGAAGGACUCUGCUCUAGCGUCCGAUUCCCUGGCCGAGCUUCAUGCCGUGAGCUGUUGCCUAAAGGCUGUGGCCACACAGGAGGCCAGCGAAGGCAUUGAUAUACUCCGCAAGGCAUGCGGUGGACAUGGUUAUAUGGCAUCGGCUAAUUUCGAUAGCAUCUAUGGCCUAGCCACUGCCGCCUAUACCUAUGAGGGUGAAUAUACGGUGCUCCUACUGCAGACUGCACGUUUUCUGGUCCGCCAAUAUGUGGAUAGUCUGAAGCGUAAAAUUCUGCCGGGCAGUGUUACAUAUUUGCGUGAUGUCUCGCGUCUGGUGUGGGGCAAAGAUCUGGUGGAAAAUUGUGUGCGCUCUUUGGAAAUCGCUUCCCUUGAGCAAAUUCGUUUGGCAUGGCAAUGCCAGAAGGAGCAACGCAAGCGAGGACUAGGCGUAGAGCAGUCUAACAAUUUGGCUGGCAGACAGUUGGUGGCGGCGGCAACAGCCCAUGCCCAUGCCUUCCUAACCAGGACAACAGUGCGGGAAUUGAGGCGAAUUGUUUCGGGGCUGAAACCAAGUGUGGCCGGAAUUUUGACUCAAUUGAUGGAACUAUUUGUAUUGGAUACGUUUUUGCGUCAGGCUGGGCAGGUGCUGCGCUGGAACAGCAUUAAUGGUCGACAAUUGAGACAGGUGGAACAAAGAUUUGAGCAACUUUUGUCGAAGCUGAGACCCAAUGCAGUGGCCCUGGUGGAUGGUUUUGAUUUCCAUGAUCGAGUUUUAGGCUCCACUCUGGGCGCCUACGAUGGACGUGUCUAUGAGCGCCUUAUGGCAGAGGCACGACGCAAUCCACUCAAUCAGGAGACGGUCAAUUCCAGUUUCUAUAGCCAUUUACAGCCCAUGAUGCGGGGCAAACUGUGAAAAAUAAAUUGUAAAAUUGUUCUUCUUCUUUGUCGAA